CUAUGUGGUGGUCUUCUCCGCCGCCAUCCUUCUGACGUUGGCGCUGAUGGCGGCGUGCAACCGGACUGGUUUCCGUCAGGACCACAUGUGGGUGGUGUGCUAUGCGCUCAUCCUGCUGGUGCUGCUGGUGCAGGUCGUGGGCGUGCUGUUGGUGCGGCCCCGAGACGCCUCGGAGGGCAUCUGGUGGACCGUCUUCUUUAUCUACGUGGUCUACACGUUGCUACCCGUCCGCAUGCGAGCCGCCGUGUUCACCGGACUGCUGCUGUCCGCCGUGCACGUCGCCCUGUCCUGGAUGCAGAACAACAUGGAUCCCUUUCUCUGGAAGCAGCUGGUGUCCAACAUGCUGAUAUUCUUGUGCACCAACAUCGUGGGUGUGUGCACACAUUACCCGGCCGAGGGCUCUCAGAGGCAAGCCUUUCGGGAGACGCGGGAAUGCAUCCAAGCUCGCCUGCACUCGCAGCGGGAGAACCAGCAGCAGGAGCGUCUGCUGCUGUCGGUGCUUCCCCGCCACGUCGCCAUGGAGAUGAAGGCGGACAUCAACGCCAAGCAGGAGGACAUGAUGUUUCACAAAAUCUACAUACAGAAGCACGACAACGUCAGCAUCUUGUUCGCAGACAUCGAAGGCUUCACAAGUUUGGCGUCGCAGUGUACGGCUCAGGAGCUCGUCAUGACGCUGAACGAACUCUUUGCUCGCUUUGACAAGUUGGCAGCGGAGAAUCACUGCCUCCGCAUCAAGAUCCUUGGUGACUGCUAUUACUGCGUGUCGGGCCUUCCCGAGGCCCGUGCUGACCACGCCCACUGCUGCGUUGAGAUGGGCCUGGACAUGAUCGAAGCCAUCUCGCUGGUCCGGGAGGUGACGGGCGUCAACGUGAACAUGCGGGUGGGCAUCCACAGCGGGCGCGUCCACUGCGGCGUGCUGGGCCUGAGGAAAUGGCAGUUUGACGUCUGGUCCAACGACGUCACGCUCGCCAACCAGAUGGAGGCUGGCGGGAAAGCGGGGCGCAUCCACAUCACCAGGGCCACGCUCAACUAUCUGAACGGCGACUACGACGUGGAGGCGGGAGCGGGAGGCGAGAGGAACGCUUACCUGAAGAGGAACAGUAUCGAGACGUUCCUCAUCGUCGGAUGCAGCCAGAAGAGGAAAGAGGAGAAGGCGGUGAUCGCCAAGAUGAAUUGUCACCGGGCGAACUCGGUGAGUCACAACAGCAGCCACUGGACGGACAGACCUUUCUACAACCACCUGGCUAACAACAACCAAAUCUCCAAGGAGAUGAAGAGGAUGGGCUUUGAAGACCCAAAGGACAAACACGCGCAAGAGCACAUGAACCCCGAGGACGAAGUGGACGAGUUUUUGGGCCGAGCCAUCGACGCCCGCAGCAUCGACCGCCUCAGGUCGGAACACGUCAGGAAGUUCCUGCUCACCUUCAGGGAGGCCGACCUGGAGAGCAAGUACUCCAGACAGGAAGACUCUCGCUUCGGGGCGUACGUGGCGUGCGCCUCUCUGGUCUUCCUCUUCAUCUGCUGCAUACACGUCGUCGUCGUGCCUCCCUCGGGCGUGAUGAGGGGCUUCUUCACAUGCUGCCUGAUCCUCCUGAUGGCGCUCGUGUUCGUAUCCAGCGUGUACUGCUGCUACGGGGUGUUCCCAGCGGCCCUGCAGACCUUUUCCAGGAGGAUCGUUCAAUCGCGUCUCAAUAGCACCCUGGUGGGCGUGGCCACCAUCGUGGUGGUCUUCCUGUCAGCCUUCGCCAACAUCUUCAGCUGCAGUGGGCACGACCUUCGCGGCUGCAUCGGGGCGGAGCUUAAUAUCAGCCGGGAUGCGGUGGACGCCUGCCACGCCCAGUUACUUAACUACAGCCUGGAUGCACAGAUGGGACCCUGUGGGGACCAAGCACCCUUCUGUGGAUUUCCCGAGUACUUUUCGUGGUGCGUGGUGCUGAGCCUGCUGGCGUGCUCGGUGUUCCUGCAGGCACACAGCCUGGGCAAGCUUGUGCUCAUGCUGUCAAUGGAGCUGCUCUACCUUCUGAUUGUGGAGCUGCCGCGGGCCGCGCUCCUCGACAACCGCGACCUCCUCGCCGUGGCCAACGCCGCCGAGCACGUGAAUGGAACCAGCUGCGUGGCGGAGUCGAAGGUGCCUCUGAAGAUCAUGACGCCCGUGGUCAUCACUGUCUUCGUGCUGGCACUCUACCUGCACGCCCAGCAGGUGGAGUCCACGGCCAGACUCGACUUCCUCUGGAAGCUGCAGGCGACGGAGGAGAAAGAGGAGAUGGAGGAGCUGCAGGCAUACAACCGUCGGCUGCUGCACAACAUCCUGCCCAAGGACGUGGCGGUGCACUUUUUGCAGCGCGAGCGCCGCAACGACGAGCUCUACUACCAGUCGUGCGAGUGCGUGGCCGUCAUGUUCGCCUCCAUCAGCAACUUCUCCGAAUUCUACGUGGAGCUGGAGGGAAACAACGAGGGCGUCGAGUGCCUCCGGCUCCUUAACGAAAUCAUCGCCGACUUUGACGAGAUCAUCAGCGAAGACAACUUCCGUCAGCUGGAGAAGAUCAAGACGAUCGGCUCGACGUACAUGGCUGCGUCAGGCCUGAACGCGUGCACGUACGACAAGGCGGGCCGCUCGCAUAUCCGCGCCCUGGCCGACUACGCCAUGCGCCUCAUGGAGCAGAUGAAGUACAUCAACGAGCACUCCUUCAACAACUUCAAGAUGAAGAUCGGUCUGAACAUGGGCCCCGUGGUGGCUGGCGUGAUCGGGGCCCGGAAGCCUCAGUACGACAUUUGGGGCAACACAGUCAACGUGGCGAGCCGCAUGGACAGCACCGGCGUGCCCGAGAAGAUACAGGUGACUGCUGACUUGUACCAGGUUCUGAACUCCUACAAUUACUCGCUGGAGUACCGAGGUGUGGUGACAGUGAAGGGCAAAGGCGACAUGAUGACCUACUUCCUCAACAGUGGACCCUCCCACAGCAGUUAAGGCACUUUUUUUUUCCCCCUGGACCUUCAAGGGGCCACGUUGGAAGACGUUCAACUGGACUGACAGCAAGUUGAAGUCACCCCCCGCCCCCAGGAACUCAUGGACAGAGAGAAUAAGUUAAGACCAAAGAAGCCAAUCAAAGCUCAUUUCCAAUGAGCCAAAGUCCGACGUCUUCUGAGCUUCUGAACGCAACGCGAGCAUCCCUUUCCUGUUCCUCACGCUGUCCACUUGGAAGCAAAAAAAAAAAAAAAAAUACGAUGUCAGCAACAGAUGCUUUUAUAACUUUUGGAACACCAAAUUCUAUAUUUUGUACAAAAACAUAACGUAUUUGUCAUGUACUUAUAUUGAAUUGAACACUCUGGCAAUGUGGCAGCCUGCCAAAUAGAUAGAGCGCACCCCCCCACGAUGGUACGACCCAGUGAAUGUCUAAUUGAGGCCUUUUACCUUCAUCACUUUACACGAAAAGUAUUCAACACUACAGCUGGUUCUGUUACAUUUUUAAGUUUUGAAUACAAUUUUGGUGACCCCAAAAAUGAUUUUCAGAUCAUUUCAACUGGAUGAGUUGUUUUGGGAGUAUUUUUCAUACAGAGCAGAACUCGUAAAAUCAGGGAAAUACGCCAGUCGGGAUGCUUUUAAUGUGACUUUAUAAAACACAAAGUAUAAAGGAGAUGUUUUAUUGUUCUUUUUAUGAAUGGCCGACGAAAGUAAUAAAUGAACCAAUUGUCCCA